AUGAUGUCUCACAUCGUUUACCCCUUUAUUGAAAGUAAAUUUAAUAAAAACCCUGCUAUAACAUCUUAUGACAUACCAAUUGUAAUCACCAAAUUUCAUCAGCACAUCCUUGCCUUGGCUUUUGCUGUGAAGGAGAUCAAUGAGGACUCCCAGAUCUUACCUAAUAUCACUCCCGGGUUCCACAUCUAUGACAGUUACAACAACCCAAGGAUGACCUAUCGCACCACUCUGGGCCUGCUUUUCAAAUCCCAGGAUUUUGUCCUUAACUACAAAUGUAAUAGCCAGAAGAAUCUCAUGGCUAUUAUUGGAGGAUUGGAUUUUGAUACAUCAUUUUAUAUAGGUGAAAUUAUAAGUUUCUUCAAGAUUCCACAACUCCAUUCAUUUCUUCAUGACAUUUCUUUCAAUAAUUCAGUUGGGGAGAGAGUAUUUCUGAAUGAGAAAGGAGAAGCAACAGGUGGCUUUGACAUCACCAACUUGGUCACUUUUCCAAACAGAUCCUUUCAGAGAAUUAGAGUUGGAAAGAUCGAACCCGGUGCAACCAAAGGAAAGGAAUUAUUCAUUGAUGAUGACAGGAUUGCCUGGCACCCAACUUUUAACCAGGAUCUUCCAUUAUCUCAAUGCAAUGACCCAUGUUUCCCUGGAUCCUGGAAGAAGGGGAUUGAGGGGAAUAAGUUCUGCUGCUAUGACUGUUUUCCAUGCCCAGAGGGGAAGAUUUCAAAUCAAAAUGAUAUGGAUGACUGUUUUGAAUGUCCAGAAGAUUAUUAUCCAGAUAAAGAAAAGAAAGACUGUAUCCUGAAAACAAUGGUAUUUCUAACUUUUGAAGAAACCUUAGGAAUUAGUUUAUCCUCAGCAACUCUUUGUUUCUUCUUCCUGACAUCUUGGGUAUUUGGAACUUUUAUUAAGCAGAGGAAUACUCCCAUUGUCAAAGCCAAUAAUAGGUCCCUCACAUACACUCUCCUUGUCUCUCUCCAACUCUGUUUUCUCUCCUCUUUAUUCUUCCUUAGCCAACCUGGAAAGGUAACCUGCCUUCUCCGACAAUCAAUGUUUGGCAUCACUUUUUCAGUGGCCAUUUCUAGUGUACUGGCCAAAACCAUCACUGUAGUUGUUGCUUUCAUGGCCACUAAACCAGGAUCUCAGAUGAGGAAAUGGGUGGGGAAAAGAUUGGCCUUUUCUAUUGUUCUCUUGUGCUCUCUCUUCCAAGUAUGUAUUUGUAUUCUUUGGUUGUCAACAUCUCCCCCAUUCCCUGAGUUGGACAUGCACUCAGAGAUUCAAGAAAUGAGUUUACAGUGCAAUGAAGGGUCAGCUUUUUUCUUCUACUGUGUCUUGGGCUACAUGGGUAUCUUGGCUAUCUCCAGCUUUAUUGUGGCUUUCCUUGCCCGUAAAUUACCGGACAGCUUUAAUGAAGCCAAGUUCAUCACCUUCAGCAUGUUGGCCUUCUGCAGCAUAUGGAUGUCCUUCUUUCCAGCCUAUCUGAGUACAAAAGGCAAAGCCAUGGUAGUUGUGGAGGUCUUUUCCAUCUUGGUUUCCAGUGCUGCUUUACUGGGAUGCAUAUUCCUGCCAAAAUGCUACAUCAUUGUUUUUCGGCCUGAGUUAAAUCAGAGAGAGAAACUCAUAAGGAAGAAUUAA